UGUCUAAUACAGGAACCCAUGUUUUCCUGUUAUUGAAAAGAAUUCUUUAAUCUUUUCAGCACAUUUUAGGACCUGCCUGUAUUCCAGUGACCAACAAGAAACCCACCCAGGCGUCCAUCACGAAGGUCAAACAGUUUGAAGGCUCCACGUCGUUCGUGCGGAGGUCCCAGUGGAUGCUCGAGCAGCUUCGCCAGGUUAAUGGCAUCGAUCCUAAUCGGGAUUCUGCAGAGUUUGACUUGUUGUUUGAAAAUGCAUUUGACCAGUGGGUAGCCAGCACAGCCUCUGAAAAGUGCACCUUCUUCCAGAUCCUCCACCACACCUGCCAGAGGUACCUCACGGACAGGAAGCCGGAGUUCAUUAACUGCCAGUCCAAAAUCAUGGGAGGAAACAGCAUCCUCCAUUCGGCAGCAGACAGCGUGACCAGCGCCGUACAGAAAGCCAGCCAGGCCUUGAAUGAGCGCGGGGAGCGGUUAGGCCGAGCAGAAGAGAAGACGGAAGACAUGAAGAACAGCGCCCAGCAGUUCGCGGAGACUGCACACAAGCUUGCCAUGAAGCACAAGUGUUGAGACACUCCCUAUCGCGGCAAUGACCCUCUCGAGAGAAAUGGAAGAGUUUGCUCAGCAGUUUUUACAAGAAUUCCAGACCUCUGCUUUUUUUUUUUUUCUCCAGUAUACGGACAUUUAGGUUUUUUUGCUUUUCCUUUUCAGACGUUAAUAUGAAAGAAGAGACAUAGUGUUUAUACAUUUCACUAAGGAUUAUGCUAAGAAAUGCUGCAGUGGCAUCAGCUUCAUUUGGUUUUUUUAUU